AUGGACAAAGAUUGCGAUAUGGUAUAUAAGAACAUCUCUGACAUAUACAAAUCUGGGGAGUUUAAGACCUACGACAACUUUGUUUCGUUAGUUGCUGAAUGUGUAUGGCAGAUAAGAGAUAAAGAUAGAAGAGGUAAGAUAUGGAAUGAACAGAUAAAACCCGCAACUUUUGAGUUAAAGAGAGCAAUUGACGCCUUAGUCAUACUAGCAGGUAAGGUUUCAGAAUAUAACGCAAAAAUGAACCCACAAUGUUCUAAAUGUAAAGCAGCAAUGAGGAAAUAUAACUACUCCGUCAAAGAGAUAGAACGUAUGCGAAACGACUAUGCUGACUUAAAGAGGGAGGCAGAGAAACCAGCAGAAGAUAAAAUGGACAUGUUGACAUUUCUAAACAAAAACUAUCCAACAGCUGACGAUUUCCUUCUUUCAGAUGUCAAGAAGAAAUAUAAAGAAACUUUCGGCAUUGUGAAAACAUUCGAUAUCCUUCGUGAAGAAAUAGAAGCUACAAAACUGUUUAGAAUUUCACGAAUUCACAAUGUUUACCAUGUAAAACGCUUAUAA